AUGGCGCCAGUCAUCGACAACACAGUCGUCCCUGGCACCGUGACUCUGGUGGACGUGGAUCAUGUCAUGGAGACCCGGCACUUGGACCGCGGAGACCGUGACAUUGUAUUGAUCCCUACCCCGUCAAAUGACCCAGAUGACCCCCUCAAUUGGAGUCCGAGACGGAAGCUUUUGUCAACUGCUUGCGUGAGCAUCUAUACGAUGUUCUCAGGAAUUGCCUGCUCGGUCGUUUAUUCAGUAAUUAAGCCGCUUCAUGAACAAACGGGUUUACCUGUGAGUACCCUGAACGAGGGAAGUGGGUACAUGUUCUUGUUGGCUGGCUGGGGUUUGCUGUUUUGGCAGCCAUUCGCUAUGCAGUAUGGCAAGCGGCCGACGUACAUGUUAUCAUUGAUGGGAAUCUUGACCAUACGCAAACACCAAGGGUCAAUGGCUCGCACGAAAUAUCCUCUUAGGUUUCUUCACAGCACCCGUAGAAGCACUUCCUCAGAUCUCCAUCACGGACGUGGUACGUUAAACCCUGAGGAAAGAACCCCAACCACGCUCAUACCGCAGCAGUACUUCACCCACGAGCGAGGAACAUACAUGGGUCUUUAUGCAUUCUUCCUAGCAGGAAGUAACUACCUCGCGCCGGUCAUCUGCGGCUUUAUCGCCCAGUACCAGGGCUGGCGGUGGGUAUUCUACUACCCGAGUAUCUUCGUCGGCUGCGCCAUUACCUUCCUAUUCUUUUUCUGCGAGGAAACAAACUAUGUUCGAGUGCACUCCGAUGAGCCUAGGACUGUCAUACCCACGGGGUCUCCAAAAUUCAGCUCGGAUGGCGAAAAGGAUAAAUCCACGGCUGUUGACGACGAAGCUGCUACUGGGGUUAGUAUCAGGUCGGGCUACACCAAGAAGUCAUAUGUGAAGAAAUUGGCACUCUGGGGACCGAGCCAGGAGCAGAAUACCUUGUUCCGACGAUCCUGGCAGUGUCUUUACUACCUGUCUUGGCCGGUUAUCUUCUAUGCUGGCUUCUCUUACGGAUCCUACCUUGUUUACUUCAACAUCAUGAAUGGAACAGCCUCCAUCAUUCUUGGUGGAGAGCCAUACAACUUCGGAUCUUCCAUGGUCGGCCUGAGUUAUCUAGCGCCCAUCACCGGUGUGAUUCUGGGAUCUAUUUACACUGGCCGAUUCAGCGACUGGCUCACUGUCAAACUCGCCCGCCGGAACAACGGCGUCAUGGAGGCAGAGCACCGUCUCUGGCCCUUCCUUGUUUGUUUGGUUCUUGUGCCUUCUUCCCUUAUUCUAUGGGGUGUUGGUGCUGCUCAUGAGAUCCACUGGUUUGGACUAAUUGUUGGAAUGUGCAUUCUGGCCUUCACAAAUACCAGUGGCAUUGCGCUUAGCAUCAACUACUUCAUUGACAGCUACCGAGAGUUGAGUGGCAUUGCAAUGGCUAGUGUGAUUCUAGUCCGGAAUACCAUGUCUUUUGCAAUUGGCUAUGGUAUCACGCCUUGGGUCGAGAACCUGGGAUACCAGAACUGUUUCAUCUCCGCUGCCUUUGUUGGCAUGACGUGCGCUUCAGUCUUUCUCUUUAUGAUUAAAUUUGGAAAGACAUUCCGUGAACGAUCUCGCGAAAAAUACUGGAAGUUGGUCCAAGAGAACUGGGAGAAAGGCAUGGGCAAUUAG